UUGCGGGGUCGCCCAACUCAAUUCUUUACCACCACCACGUCGCCUCUCGCUCUUUGCUCAAGUUAUAUUUUCCCCUAGAAUGCUGGCACGGCGCUGCUGUACGACGUCGCACAGCCUAUACGUCCCAAAGACAGCCAAAAUACCGCACUGGGUUCUCAGAAAUGCAUCUUCUCAGGCUGAAGCCUCAACAGAACGUCCACGGGCUUUACAUCGAGCGCUAAAGUACGCUAAAUACACAAGCUACUUCAUUCUGUCGUCGGUCUUUGGUCUCGUGACAAUUGGUGCUGGCAUCUUCGUCCACGACGCGUUCACGUACACCGAGAAACACGCAGAGCGAGUGCCGCGUUCACCCCUCGCUUUGUACCCGGAACGCGGUGGACCCAAUAACCUUCCUAUUGUGAGCCUACAGGUCGAUGAUGAGGAUGACGAGGAACACAGGAAGCUGGCUGAGAAGCCUAAGCUUGUCAUUGUUGGCGGAGGAUGGGGGGCAAUGGGCGUCUUGCAAACACUGUACCCUGGAGACUAUAAUAUAACCGUUGUUUCGUCGGAGACCUUCACGACAUUUACGCCUCUCCUUCCUUCUGCUGCCGUGGGCACUGUUCAAGUGCGGUCUUUGGUUGAGCCCAUUCGCAAGAUCAUUGCUCGUCUUCGAGGUCAUUUCGUACAAGGCAAGGCGGUCGAUCUGAGUAUGUCUGAACGGCUACUGGAGGUGGAGACCUUGAGUGCUAGUGGAAAACCGUGUCGUAUAUAUAUUCCUUACGACAAGCUUAUCAUUGCCGUUGGAUCAACCUCAAGUUCACAUGGCGUGCCCGGAUUGGAGCAUUGUUUCCAGCUCAAAACCAUUGGUGAUGCACAAAGCAUUCGGCGACGCGUUAUGGACAACUUUGAAACGGCGAGUCUGCCAACAACAACUCCAGAGGAGCGUAAACGUUUACUCAGUUUUGUCAUUUGCGGAGGCGGUCCUACUGGGGUAGAAACUGCGGCGGAAAUCUACGAUUUUUGCCAGGAAGAUAUCAUGAAAUUCUUUCCAAAAAUUUGCCGCGAGGAAGUAUCCAUUCAUGUAAUUCAAUCUAGGGAACAUAUUCUGAACACGUAUUCAGAAGCUAUAUCCAACUACGCAGAAGCCAAAUUUGCUAGAGAUGGUGUCGACCUCAUUACUAAUGCGCGGGUCGGUGCCGUCAAUCCUGAAUACGUUCUCUACAGCAAACGGGGAUCCAACGGGGAAAUGGAGGAGCACGCCAUCCCCCAUAAUUUCGUACUUUGGUCGACAGGUAUAGCGAUGAACCCGUUCACGAAGCGAGUAACGGACCUGCUACCCAACCAAGUGCACAAAAAGGCCAUCGAGGUCGAUGCACAUCUUAGGGUGAAAGGCGCGCCUCUAGGAACUGUGUAUGCUGUUGGUGAUUGUGCGACAAUUGAGACGUCCAUUAUCAGUCACUUUAUGGAGCUGGUAGAUGAUGCAGAUCGCGACAAGAAUGGGAAGAUCGAUUUUGAGGAGUGGGAGAUCAUGGUGUCAAGGAUAAAGCAGCGCAUUCCUAUGGCUGAGGAUCACGUUACUAAGGUCAGGGAGCUGUUCGAGAUGUACGACACGGACGCGGAUGAGAGUCUUUCACUCAACGAAGUGGUUCGAUUACUUGAAGACAUCGGAAACAAGAUCACUUCUCUCCCUGCGACUGCCCAAGUGGCUUCUCAGCAGGGUAAAUAUAUUGGCAAAAAGCUCCACAAACUCGCGCGCCAACAAGAAGAUCUUGAAACAAAGGGCUUUGAUGCCAGAGCGGCAGAAGAGAAGCUGUCUGGACCUUUCCGGUACAGGCACUUGGGCAGCCUGGCUUAUAUUGGGAACGCAGCCGUCUUUGACCUUGGCAAAUACUCGUUCAUGGGGGGUCUGGCAGCAAUGUAUGCGUGGAGAAGUAUAUAUUGGAACGAGCAAGUUUCCGUGCGUACACGGGCACUGUUGAUGAUAGAUUGGAUCAUUCGAGGUGUUUGGGGGCGUGAUCUUUCGAAACUUUAGAUACCUUCAUUUGUACCACGGUUAAUAAAAUACUAGUAUUUCCCUUGUAUUUCCCACGGUGUGUUGGAACACAUUACGUCAUUUCUCGU